AUGGGCAACACCCUUGAUAGUAACAAACCCAAAAACUUUGUUACUUACGCAGAUUAUAAAUAUAUAGGAAAAUUAAAUAAUAAAAACGAACAUCAUGGGAUAGGUAUCAUUUUAUAUAAUUCUGGAGAAUCAUUUUAUGGUUCCUUUAUAAACGGGAAAAAAGAAGGCAAAGGGAUAUAUAUUGAUAAGAAUUUAACAAGAUAUAUAAAUACUUGGGUUGAUAAUAAAGUUUUCGGAAAAGUAAAAGUUGUUCCAUAUAAUAGUAAUAGAGUAUAUUAUUUUUAUUACAAAAAUUAUAUGAUAGAGAAAUGUAUAUAUUUUGAUAAUAAUAUAAAUAAUAAAGAGUCUCAUCAUAAAAAUAAUAUUUAUAAUAACUACGAUAAUAAUUCGUAUAAUAAUAAUUCUUGUGAUGAUGAAGAAAAAAGAAAAUAUCCUAUUGGAGUCACCAAAUUUAAAGAAGAUCUAUCCAAUUAUAUUCACUCUACACAUAUAAUGAAAAAAAAUAAUAAACUUUUUAAUAAAAAUGAUAAUGAAUAUAAUAUUUUUUCCUCAUCACUAUCUUACAGCUCAGACUCAGAAAAUAUUAAUCUACUCGAUAUUUUAAAAAAAAAAAAAAAUAAAAAAAAUAAAAAAAAUAAAAAAAAAAAAAACAAAAAAACAAAAAACACACAAAUAUUAUCUUGUACACAACAUAAAAUGUAUGAACAUAAUAUGAAUGAAUCAAACUUUACAAAAAAGGACAACGUAAAUUGUGAACACACCGACAAAAUGAAUAUAUCCCUUCAUGAAAAAAAUGAUAAAAAAAAUGAGAAAAAAAAUGAGAAGAAAAAUAAGAAAAAAAAACUUUUUAAAUAUUUUUCAAAUAAUAUAGAAAAUUUAAUUAUUGAAAAUUAUCAGACAUGGUCUUUAAGAGAAGUAAUUCAAUGGCUUAUGUUAUGCAAUGUACCUGUUAAAUGGUUAAUAAGUUUUUAUAAAAAUAAUAUAACAGGUGAUAAAUUAAAAUAUAUUAAUAUAAAUACUAUAAGAAAUGAAUUGGGGAUUAUUGCUUAUGGACAUGCAAUCAAAAUAUUACAAUUAAUCAAAAAUCUACAAGUUAUGGCAUAUAAUAAAAAAUUCAAUAACUUAAUACAAAUAGAAGAAUAUAAAAAUUAUAUAAGACAAAAGGAAAACACAAACAAAAAUAUAAAAAAAGGGAAAAAUAUAAAAAAAGAAAAAAAGAAAAAAAAAGAAAAAAAUAUAAAAAAAGAAAAAAAGAAAAAAAAGAAAGAAACAAAAAAAUUCAACAACAUGGAUAAAAAAUAUAUAGAUUUAGCUAUUCAUAAAAAUGUUAAGAAUAUACAAAAUGAUACUUUUUAUAAUAAGCAUGAAAAUAUUUACAAUUGUAAGAAUCAAACAAAUUUUAUUUAUCAAAAUGAUUCUGAAAUAAAAAAAAUCAUGAAUAAAAAGAAAGUAUCAUUUGAAUAUGAUAAUAAUGAAGAAAAAAAAAAAAAAAAUAUUAUUAAAUUUAUAAAAAAUAAUAAAUCAUUACAAAAUUCAAAUGGGGAAUAUUAUUUAAUAAAUCACUUAUCAAAAGGUAUAUGUAGUGAUAGCAUAUUUUAUAAAUCAUCACAAUCAAAAUCGUCAUCACAAUUGUCAUCACCAUUAUCAUCACCAUUAUCAUCACCAUCACCAUCAUCAUCACCAUCAUCAUCACCAUCAUCAUCACCAUCAUCAUCACCAUCAUCAUCACCAUCACCAUCAUCAUCACCAUCACCAUCAUCAUCACCAUCAUCAUCACCAUCAUCAUCACCAUCAUCUCCACCAUCCCCCUUAUCUUAUAAAGACAACUUUCCCAUUUCAUCCUCUUGUAGUUCUUUAGAACGAUUACCUUCAUACGAAAAAAAAUUAUUAUCUUCAUCACAAUCAAAUAUAGAACACAUAAAAAACCUUCCCUUAGAUGUCUUAAGCAAUAAUAAUAGUUCGGCAAAUAUAAAAAUAAAAAAAAGUAAAUCAAAAUAUAACAAUGAUAAAAAAGAACAGAAGAAAUUACCAUUGAUUCUGAAUAAAUCAAGUUCUGAAUUUUCACCUUCUCAUUCGUACACUUCUAAAUCAUAUCAUUAUAAUAUUAAACCAUCCUUACAAUCAUCAUCUAAUAAUUCUUCAGAUUCUUCUUAUAGUAUAUCUUCAACAUGUUCUUCAUCCUCCUCAUAUGUUUCUUCAUUAUAUUCUAAUAGAAGUAAUGAUAUUCUGAAUUUUUAUAGAAAUAAAAUAAUUAAGUAUUGCAACAAUAUAUACAUGAAUACCAAAUUAGCAUACUCUUAUAUGAAUGGUUUCAUAAUUCCUCAUGAAGAUUUAAUAUUUAUACACCCUAUCGAAAAUUAUUAUAUGGAUAAUACAAAUGAAAAGAAUAACAUAAAUAAUCCUUAUACUAAAGAAAAAAUUAUGAAUCAUAAUUUCUCAUUUAAUACAAAAAAUAACACAUCCUUUAUAGAUAUAAACACAAACAUAUUUUCAUCAAACAAACAACAAAAUAUAAAUAACUUUGGAAAAUAUAAAAAAAUGAAAAGCAGAAUGUUUAAAGGUAAAUAUAUGGGAAAAGAAGUAGCUAUAAAAAUAUUAGUUGGAAAAAUAAAAAAUUUUAAAAAACUUCAUCAGAUACUAUAUAAUUUAUACAACUUAAGACAUUCAAAUCUUGUUCUAAUUAUGGGAGUAUCUAUUCAUUAUCCUUUUGUUUUUAUAAUUUAUGAAUAUAUGAAAAAUAAGUGUCUCUUUUCAUAUCUACAUUGUAUUAAAUAUAAACAUGUCUAUAUAAGCACUUUCCUUCAAAGGUAUAAGACAUUGUUACAUAUUACUCAACAAGAAAAAAUUAAAAAAACAAACAACAUAAAUAAUAAUAACAACAUAAAUCAUAACAACAUAAAUAAUAACAACAUAAAUCAUAACAACAUAAAUCAUAACAACAUAAAUAAUAAUAACAUAAAUAAUAAUAACAUAAAUUAUAACAAAGAUUACAAUAAUAAGAAGAAGAAAGAAGAUGAGCAGCAUAAUAUUGAACAUCAAGACACAUUUAUAGAUUUACCAGAAAAAAGUAAUAUAUCAAGUGAUGAUAAUAAUUCAACAGAUAUUAGUCAAAUACAAAAGGAAAAUUUUCAUUUCUUAAAUAAAAAAAUUGAAGAAAAUAAAAAUAUUAUUUAUGAUGAUCAUACAAGUACACUUUCUGAUCAUAGUAUACAUAAUAUUAACAAAAGUUAUGAUAAUGUAUAUAAAAACAAAAUGAAUAUAUUUCAUUACCAACAUAAUGUAUUAUGUGGAGCAUACGAUAAUAAUGAUAAUAAUAUAAAUGACAAUGAUAUUUAUUGUAAUAAUAUUUAUGAUAAUAAUAUAAAUGACAAUCAUAUAUAUUGUAAUAAUAUAAAUGACAAUCAUAUAUAUUGUAAUAAUAUAAAUGACAAUCAUAUAUAUUGUAAUAAUAUUUAUGACCAUCAUAAGAACACAUCAUUAAAUUCAAAGGAACAAAACACCGAUCACAAUAUUGAACAAAUUAAUGAAUGUAACAAAUAUGCUUCAGAAACAAAAUAUAAUAUAAAAAAAAGCAAUUUAAAAAAUAAUAUUAUAUCACAUAAAAACUUUCAAAAAUGUAAUCAAAUACAAAUGAACCAACCAUAUACAUUUCCACCAUAUCAAAAAGAAUUAUCAUCCUAUUUAAAAAAUGAAAAAAUAAAAAGGAAAAGAAAAGUUCUCUUUAGUUAUUUAAAAACUCAUAUACAUUUUAAUUCACAACAAAUUAAUGACCAACAUAAUCGUUUAAGCGUUCAAAAAAUAAUGAAAAUUAUCACCGAUGUGACUUUGGCUUGCACUUAUUUAGAAAAGGAAAAGAUGAGUCCAAUAAAUUUAAAACCAACAAAUAUAUUACUUGACGAAUCUCUGAACGCUAAAAUAUCCGACUUUGGUAUAUCAAAAAUAGAAAAUUGCCUAGAUAUGAAUAUUGAUUAUUCUUAUAAAAUUUCAUCAAACAGUGUGAUAAAAAUUAACAAAAAAGAAUAUGAACAAAAGAAAGCGAAAAAAAUAAAAAUAGUCAACAAAAAUAAUAAUGAUUUGUUAUAUUUAUAUGAUCAUAAUAAUAAUGUGUAUAAAUAUAAUACACAAUAUAUUGAUGUUACCUAUAAUAAUUCUUAUCCCUCCAUUUUUUAUUGGACUCCCCCAGAAAUAUUAAGGGGGAAAAAAAAUAAAAAAUUUUAUUCAGACAUUUAUGCUUUCGGAAUCAUACUUUGGGAAAUGCUAUCUAAUGAUAUUCCAUACAAUUACCCCUUUGCCUCACACAUAAUGGCUGUAGUUGGAUAUGCUAAUGAAGAAUUAUCUUUUAACAAUAUCCCAGUGUCGAUACAAAGUUUGAUAAAAGCUUGUGUAAAUAGAAAUAAAUAUAAAAGACCUACAUUUGAACAUAUAUUAAAAACAAUAUCUACGUUAUAUCAAAAGGCAAAUACAAAAGUAGAGGAUGCAUUAAUUUCAUUUAUGGAUGGAACAUAA